CCGAAGCAGCAGCAGCAGCAGCAGCAGCAGCGCCGACGCCGCCUGCUCCGGCUCGCGGCUGCUCUCCUCUGGCGCCAUGCCGGCGUGGAGGGAAGGCGAGGAGGCGCUGAGCUGGGGAUGCCUCGACGCCGCCGCCGCCGCCGCUGCUGCGCAGGAAGAAGGCAGCUAGCCCGGCAGCGGGAUGGGGGCGGCGGCAGCGGGAGGCGGCGGCCGGAGCAGCAGGGAGUCACGAGCGCCUCUGCGCCAGCCGCAGGCGCCUCCGCGCCGGGCUGCCCGGGCCGGGCGCUGGGGAGCCGGGGCGGGCGCGGCGCUGCUGGCGGCUCUCUGCUACCUGAACUCCCUGCGCGGCGAGUUCGUGCACGACGACGUGUGGGCGAUCGUCAACAACCCGGACGCGCGGGCGGCGGCCCCCUUGGCGGCCGCCUUCGGGAACGACUUCUGGGGCAAGGGCAUGGCCGAGAACACCAGCCACAAGUCCUACCGCCCGCUCUGCGUCCUCACCUUCAAGCUGAACGUAUUGUUGGCUGGGAUGAACCCCUUCUACUUCCACGCCGUGAAUGUAGUCCUGCACUGCCUGGUGACCCUUGUGCUGAUGUACACUUGUGACAAAGCCGUCUUCAAGGACAGCCGCCUGGCUUUCGUCACGGCCCUCUUCUUCGCUGUCCACCCCAUUCACACUGAGGCCGUAACGGGUAUAGUAGGCAGAGCAGAUGUCUUGGCCUGCCUACUAUUUCUUUUGGCUUUUCUCUCCUAUAAUAGGAGUGUGGAUCAGCUUUAUGUUGGGGAACAUUUCCCCCCCACUGCCUCCCUUUCCUUUUUGCUGCUUAGUUUAUUUCUUGGGACCUGUGCAAUGCUGGUGAAGGAAACUGGGAUCACCGUGUUUGGUGUUUGCCUGGUGUAUGAUGGCUUCUUGCUUUCUCAAAAUAGACCCAGAAUGAAAAACGGAGGGGUGCACCAGAAGAUUCCUCGGCCUCCUUCAGCUUCCCUACACGCUUCAUUGCAAUUUCCGUCAUCCAACAGGGAAAACGGGAAGCACCGCGUGGCUCACAAGGGGACAUGGAACUCCUGCCAUCCGGCAUCGCCUGAAGAACAGCAGCACAACGGCCUUUCUGUCUUGAGCAAAGUUGUGAGGGCUGUGCUAAGUUACCUGACCAUAAGCAACAAACAGAAGUUCUUCUACAUCACAAGUCCUUUUUUAAAAAGGGCUGCCUUGGUACUUACCUAUGUGAUCCUACUUUUGUAUUUUCGCUUCUGGAUAAUGGGAGGUUCUAUGCCAGCGUUUUCAGAACAGGACAAUCCAGCUUCAUUCUCACCUUAUCUUCUUACAAGGUUUCUUACUUAUUCCUACCUCCUGGCCUUCAAUGCCUGGCUUCUACUGGCUCCCGUUACUCUGUGCUAUGACUGGCAGGUUGGGAGUAUCCCUUUGGUUGAAUCGAUUUGGGACAUGAGGAAUUUUGCCACACUUCUGAUGGCAGUAGUGAUGCUGCUGCUGGGUCUGCACUGCAUAGUAGCAUUCAAGAAACUGGAACACAGAGAAGUUCUAGUUGGCCUGUUGUUCCUGGUUUUCCCCUUCAUACCGGCUAGCAACCUCUUCUUCAGGGUGGGAUUUGUUGUGGCCGAGCGCGUCCUGUAUAUGCCUAGUAUGGGGUACUGCAUCCUCUUGGUCCACGGCUUAAACAAGCUUUGUAUGUGGCUAAAUAAAUGGGGAGCCACUGCAGCGACCCUCUCGGCUUUGCUGCUGUUGCUGUUCUCAUGGAAAACAGUAAAGCAGAAUGAAAUCUGGCUGUCAAGAGAGUCCCUUUUCAGGUCAGGCAUCCAGACUCUGCCCCAUAAUGCCAAGGUGCACUACAACUAUGCCAAUUUUUUGAAAGACCAAGGUCGUGACAGUGAAGCCAUCUACCACUACAAAACAGCCCUCAAGUUGUACCCACGUCAUGCAAGUGCCCUGAACAACCUUGGAACAUUGACCAAAGACUUGGCAGAGGCAAAGGAAUACUACAGCAGAGCCCUCCAGCUGAAUCCACAGCACAACCGGGCCCUCUUCAAUCUUGGAAAUCUGCUCAAGUCCCGGGGGAAGAAGGAAGAAGCUGUUCUCUUACUGAGAGAUUCCAUUCAGUAUGGACCAGAUUUUGCAGAUGCUUACUCCAGCCUCGCUUCACUGUUGGCUGAACAGGACCAAUUAAAAGAAGCAGAGGAAGUGUACCGGGCUGGAAUAGAGAACUGUCCUGAGAGCUCUGAUCUGCACAAUAACUAUGGGGUUUUCUUAGUAGACACAGGAUCUCCAGAGACUGCAGUUUCCCACUACCAGAAGGCCAUUCAGCUUAGCCCCAGUCAUCAUGUGGCCAUGGUGAACCUCGGCAGGUUGUAUCGCUCCUUGGGGCAGAACAAAGAUGCUGAAACUUGGUACAAACGGGCACUGAAAGUAGCACGGAAGGCUGAAAUCUUGUCUCCUCUUGGAGCUCUGUAUUAUAACACAGGGAGAUAUGAAGAUGCCUUAAAGGUGUACAGGGAAGCUGCAGCACUUCAACCAUCCAACAAGGAGACUCGGCUGGCUCUGGCUCAAGUUUUAGCAAUGAUGGGGCAAACCAAGGAAGCGGAACAAAUGACCAAUCAUAUUGUGACCGAGGAGGCAGAAUGCCUGGAGUGCUACCGCCUUUUGUCAGCCAUCUACAGCAAGCAAGAGAACUACAACAAGGCGCUUGAAGCCAUAGACAAAGCUCUACAGCUGAAACCAAAGGACCCCAAAGUCAUAUCAGAACUCUUUUUCACUAAAGGAAACCAGCUAAGAGAACAAAAUCACCUGGACAAAGCUUUUGAGAGCUAUAAAGUUGCUGUAGACUUCAACCCGGAACAAGCACAAGCCUGGAUGAACAUGGGGGGGAUUGAGCAUAUCAAGGGCAACUACAUCACGGCACGUGGCUAUUAUAAGAAAGCUCUGCAGCUGGUUCCAAACAGCAAGCUUCUGAAAGAGAAUCUGGCUAAACUGGAUCGCUUGGAGAAACGCCUGCAGGAAGUUCAAGAGAGGGGAUAAAAAUGGGGGACAGUCAGUGGAGUGCAAGGCCUCCUGGAGAUGAGCGGAAACUGUGGAAGCCCCGAAGCCCAAACAAGACAGAAGUGAACUGAAAGGACCUAGGGGGGAGGCAGUGGUGACCCAGACUAAGAAGGGUGCACAUGGGAAUCAUGCUGGAGUCACCAGAAAGCUAUGGGGAGUCCUGCUGCUUCUCUCUGGAUGAGCCGAAGGAUGGGCAAAAAGCUCAUCGUAAUCCAGAAUUAUAUUUGGGUUUGCCUCAUGCUACUUUCCAUUAGUGCUGACAGUAGGAAAUGCUUAUAUAACACCCACGUCUCUCACUUGUUAAAAAUCAUCAUCAUCAUCAUCAUCAUCAUCAUCAAGCACUGGGAUGAUUAUGAGAAGUGAAACAGUGGCCUGAUUCAGCAAGGAACAGAGGAGGCAGCCCCCACCAUUCAGUCUUGAUAUAAGGAAGAUUUUACCAUAGAGGCCUACCAAAGCCAGGCACCUGAUUGGCCAAGAAGAUAGUGGGCAGCAGCCAAAGAGGUAAAGAAAUAGCAGCCCCCCUUCUAGGCCCCAAUAGGGAUUUUGGUUGCAUUUCCCAGAAUGUAAUUGUCCAUCACCCAAAGAGGAAGUGGGUGCAAUUAGCUCUCAGCUGAAUAUUUCGUUCAUGAGGGCAGUUUCAGAAGAAGAAGUCACUCAUAUGAAAAGUCUUUUUCAUUGCAGUUUGUACUGAAGGUCUCACACGGUGUUAGAAGUUUAGUAGCUCUGCUUUUCUUUGAUCCGAAUAACAGGGUGGUUGCUGUUUUUGUAGAGAACGAAAGUGUCAGAUGGGGGAACAGAGAGAAACAGCUCUGAAAAAACCCCCACCAUAUGGCUUAUUCCCAUAUCAAUGAUAUUAGGGUCCGUAGUUGCUCUUGAACCCGUGCACACUGGGUUUCUUUUUUCCAAUCAUAGACCCUUGUUUUGCCUCAGCAGCUGACCUCAGGAGCUCUCCUGAGUUUUCAGGACAGCUUGUACGGUAGUGGCACAACAGGUUGUUGGGAGUAUAUGGGAAGCUGCCUUACACUGAGUCGGACCAGUAUUGUCUACACUGACUGGCAACAGCUCUCCAUGGUUUCAGACAGGGGACAUUCCCAGUCCUAUCUGAAGAUGGUGAGGGUUGAACCUGGGACUGUCUGUGUGCAAAGCCAAUGAACUGAACUUCCUCCAAAGGAGGAAGGAAGGAAGGCCUUGGAAGGGCCACUAAGCACAUGCCAGUGGCUCUUUGGAUCUCAGCUGAAGACAGAGGUGAUGGGAUCAUUUUCCAAUGGCUACGAAGCUUUGGACUUGAUUUGUGCACGAGGCACAGGGGAGUGAAUGAAGAAAGGGAUUUUGAGGCCUAUUCUGCCCACCUCCAUAUGGAGAUUCCCUUUCUCCCACUGAAUAAAAAAUGCGAUAAAAGAUAAAUAUGGUAGAGAAGAAGGAAGCUCACAGGGAUUUGGUGUUUAUUUUUGAGCGUUAACUUUUCUCUGAAGCAUAAGUGAUAUCUUUCACUACUGGGAAUGUAGCUAAACUUGUGGAUGUUGCUCUUAUUUUUAUGAAGCCAGAGAAGGUAGCAACCACAGAGGGGGAAUGUAUGUGAAUAGUUGUUAAUAUUUCUAGCCUAUAAAGGGUGACUGACAUGGUGUUCUCCAGAUUUUGCUGGACUGCAACUCCCGUCGGGCCCACCCAGUAUGGCCAUUGAUCGGAGAUGACAGGAUUUGUAGUCCAACAGCAUCUGAAGGGCACCACAUUGGUGACCCCCUCUUCAGAGCAUAUUUCAGAUGCUUCAGAGCUCUAAAGAUUCUUUUCUUCUCAAUCCUUGUUUGCUCCAUUGAUUGAAUGAAGUUAAAUCCUACUAAAGCAAGGAUCCCACAUGCUCGAUAAAGAGCUCAGACGUCGUGUGAAUUGACGGGGUUCAUGAUGUUAAGUGAAGAGGCCCUCUGUCAGCAAGAACAAGUCUGCAGCUAGGAAAUAGGCAGCAAAUGCUUUACUAAAACACAAAGCGCUGUAGUCCAACUUGUUCCUACCUCUUGCUAGACAUUGGCCUCAAUGAGGAUUGCAUCUGUUUUGUUUUACGGUUUCUAUCAAACAAAUCCUGAUGACUGUUUGCCAAUUAAUAAUUUAAUUGCAAUAUGCAUGUAACUACUCUCUGCGCCCCUUGUUUGGCAAUUAACGAGGAAUCUGGAAAAUGGCAAAUGAUCAUCACCCAUAUGCACUAUUUGGUGGCUGCUGGUUGUCUGUACUCAAUCACUGUUGUCUGCAAAAGGGCAGCUUGGGAAACUUUGGCAGAAAUUGUUAAAUGCCUCAAGGCAUUCUAGAGUGGCAAAGGAAGUGGAUCUCAAUAUCUUUAUUGAAAAAAAUGUCUUUACUCUGAGUGGCCUUAAUAGUUAGAUAGUGUGCCCCAGUGGGUUGAGAGCUUGGAAGCCUGGGUUCAGGUCCCACUUCUGCUAUGGACUUGGCCAAGUCAUUGUGUGUUAGCUCCCAUUCCCCAUCUGUAAAAUGUGUAUAGUGCUUACUUAUGUAGAUGUGGUUGUUGUAACGGCAAAUGCAGUAAGCCACUUCACAAGUUAAGAAUGCUGAAAAUAGUAGAUAAGAUGGAGCAUCAAGAGAUGCAGAAUUAGGUUUAAAGGUUUACUGGUAAAUGUCCCUUUGCUUGCUUAAAUUCUUUGUACAACCCUGAGCUUUCAGGGUGGGGCAAAAAUCUAGAAGGGUUUGGGGGGUAGGAAUAGUUUUCCAGCAGUCAAUUUUUGGCCUCAAGGCAGCUGAAGUUGGUUAACUUAUGUCUAAGGUCCAUUUUAUCACCUGCAUUUCUUUUAGCAUGCCUUUAAAUGUUGUUGUUCUUGGCAAAGCCCAAUGAUUAUAGAUAUUCCCAGUAAAACUAUUGUGGGAAACACAAUACAAUCCAGCAUGAAGUUCUGUUGAACAAACCCCAUUGAAAUAAACAACUCAUUGGUAGAUUGUGCACCUAGGCUCUGAUCCAACUUGUGUUGGACAGAUUUCACAUGCAUCCGCAUGAACUUUACUCCCAUCGCUGCUAUGCAUGGGGGAGACAGGAAUACAGUUUUUAAAUCAGUCAUUUAAAUUGAUUGACAGCCAUGGAGAAAUAUGGAUUUACAAUCACCUUUCAACCUUCUUGGGUUUUUUUUGUAUCACCUCUGAACUGGUGCAUUCUAGUUGACAUGCAUUUUUAAUCCUCCGCCUACCUUUCUCUCUCUCUCUCUCUCUCUCUCUCUCUCUCUCUCUAGAAUUAAACACGGUUGGGAUACGUUUUUUCACAUUCUCAUCUCUCCUCCCUGCACCAAAGUUGUCAGUUUCAUCCAUAAAUAUUUAUUGCACUACCCCCAUCUGUGUUCUACGGAGAAAUUGAUACUGGGGUGGGGGGUGGGGAAUGCUUAUCAAUCUCAUGAAUGCAUAUUUUCUUCACUGUCCCUGCCCUCUCUGCUUUCCAGUGAAACUGACAUAAUUUCAGGCUUAUUUUUCUCUAAUGCCGGCCCUUUCCCCUGCCUCCAGGCUACUGCUGAAGAGAGGGGAAGUUUCUGUUUUCCCUUUAGGAAAGCAUAUAUGUACAUGCAGCACACACUAAUUACUUUAAUAAGGGAGAAGGAAAGAAAAACUGACAAGGCAACUUUACAGUUUCACUGGAGAAUGGGAGGUAGAAAAUAUGGUAUGAAAAAUGACAAGAAUAUGUGUAUGAUAAUAUCCCAGUCUAGUUGCAGGGCAAUCUGCAUAGAUUUGCAACUGGACUAGCUAGUCAGGGAAGGGUUGCGGUGACAUUUAAAAACCAGCAGAGCAUAACUUGUGAAAGGUAAGAUUUGCAUUAGCUUGAGAGAGAAAGAAAUCCGGAGUGAAAAUUUAAAUCUGUUUCCCCAGUGAUAAUUAAAAUGUACUUGUGAUUUUGGCAUAAAGUGUGACUACAGCCUGCUGAAAACAGCGGAACAAGUUGUGCCUAACUUAUGAUUUGCUCACUGCAGCUGGAUCUGGACCAUAGUCUUUGGAGACCUACAGUGCCACAAAUGUAUAAUAUUCCAUUUUCAAGCAUCCAUACCCUGCAGUGCAAUCCUAUACAUUUCUACUCCGUCGUUAGUCUCACUGUGCAGACCCGGGUGAGUGAGUAUGGGAUUGCUGCCUACACAGCUUUCCCUGUAAGCCAAUACUUCUUGAUAAUACUUAGAAACCUAAUUGUAACAUAUCUGAGGACUGAAAGACAAGAAGACAUUAGAUUUGUAAAACAAUAUGAGCAGUGCUUUUUUCUGGGGGUAUGCAGGGGUACGCAUACCCCUAAACAUUUUGUGAAUCUUUGUAUUUUUGUCCAUUUACUGUAUUUAUUUUCCCCAAUUUGAACUAUAAAAUGGUGAUUUUCUUGAGUCAAAAUGAGAGUACCCCUAAAUAUUUUUUUAAGAAAAAAAGCACUGAAUAUAAGUAUCAUUAUUUAUCAUUCUACGUACUGCCUGCAUAGAUCCAGAAUGUACACAUUGCGUUUAUUUUUGUAACUUAAGGAAAACAUGUUUUUUUUUUAAGGAAUGGCUUCUUGAAAAUCCGUCUCCUUGAUCUGAGAUAAUACAAGUUUUUUUUGUUUUUGUUUUGAUGGUAUAAUGAUAAUGGUUAAGCAAAGCUUUCCUGUCUUAGUAUGGUUACCACAUGUUAAUUCAUCCAGUUACCUUUGCCAGGGGUUGACACUGGGGACUGAGGGUUGUAUUCGGUUACAUAAUCGUGCAAGUGGAACAUCUUCUGCUUGUGUAAUGCUACUUUCUCCUUCCCCUGGUACCCUCCCCCAAGUAUGCUCUGGGGGUUACCCCAACCCUCCAGAGCAGAUUUGGGGAAUGGCACAGGGUGUGCACAGAGAAGGAGAGGAAGGAAAGUUCCGUAAGUGGAAUCAUUCAACUCACACAAUUAUUUAGUUUAAUAUCACCCUGAAUCUCAAAAGGAGGCAGAGAGGGCUGAUGUGAAGGGAAGGCUUUAGUUUUGGGCAAAUUUGUACAUGUAAUCAGAAACCAUCCAAAAUCCAUUGUGGUUACAGAAAAGAUGGCGGUCCCUCUGUACAUUAGACCUGAAAUAGUAUUAAAAUAAAGGAUUGUAGUCAAUGAACUUUUACUCAGAGGUAGAUGCGUUGAAAUCAUGGUUGUUACUAACUUAGCCCCAUUAAUUUCAGUGGAUCUACUCUAGAGUAACAAUUGAAUACAACCCAAGGAUGCCCAUCAGAGCCAUCAUAUGAGUUAGUCUUGACUAAAAGGCAUCCAUGUCACAAUCUUUUCCUAUCAGCCUUUCUGUCUUCACUUUUACAUGUUUUGGCUUGCAAGUCUGAGGGUGAAAAUUACUUUUAAUCCAGCUUGCUCACAGCUGCUUUUCCCAGGGGUUAAAACCACCCCCUCCUAAAACAAAGCAAGCCACUUUCAAGCCAUGUACAUUCCUCAAUAUGUUAAGAUUUUGCAGUCAAUAAGCAGAAGCGGGUGCUGUCUUUUUCCAUGCCCCCCAACCCAGAAUAAACUUUCUUUUGCAUCUACUACCCAGCCACAAUUAUGGCAUGGGCCAGCCACUCACUCCCAGUUUAACCUACCUCUCAGGGUUAUUGUUAGAAUAAAAUCAGGAGGAUAAAAUCGGGAGGAGAACUAUGUAUACCACCUCGAGCUCCUUGGAGGAAAGGUGGGAUAUAAAUGUAAUAUAUAGAAUAGUAAAUGCUGUUGACAUGUUUUGGAAAUGCAACUGGGAUCAGACAAGUUGUUUUAUUUCUGGAGAAAAGAGAUGAACACUCUUCAGGAUUAUGCUUCUUGUUCUGCUGCACCUCUCCUGCAAUAACACUUUAUAGGCUUAAAACAUCAUGCCGACUAAUGCAGCAAUUCAUUUAAUUGUCUAUUGUCUCCCAGUGCCGUGACUGCAGUUUUACCAAACUCUAUAUACACAAGAGAAUCACGUGUGUUAACUUUUUAAUCACAGGAAUGGUUCCAUUGAUGGUCUGAUUUGGGCUCCUUUGCUAGGUGAAUCAAGAGUGUCUUGGUGAAAGGCCCACUUUUAAAUAAGGAUUCAUAUUUGUCUAAUUGCAAUACAAUGGAUUUCUCUUCCAGUUCUGCUGAAGCAAUGGAGCAGGUUAAUUGGUAAUAAAAUUGAUCUUGUUCUUAUAGAUAUAAGGCAGCUCUCCCCUCCCCCCAAUAGCUCACCGAUGUAAUGCAGCUAUAAAUACUCUGGCUCCUUUCCUGCUACUGUCAUGCACAGCAUGCAUUUUGGACACCUUUUUUGCAUUACAGAUAAUAAUAAUGUUGCUUGGCAGUUUUCUUCUUGUAUUGCUUAAGUACUGUUUUCAAAGCAGACCUGUACAGACAGAUGCUGGCCAAAUCCAAAAUGAAGGGCUGGCUCUGAGGGAAUAGGAUAAAAUUUCAGGGUAUGGAGAUUAUAUAUAUUUCAAUAUCAUAUCAAGUGGCAAUUCAUUGAAAAGGGAGCUCCUGCUUCCCUAUGUCACUAUGAAGACUAGGAUUAUAUUUUAUUUAAAAAGGAAAGCAAGCUAUUAAGGAGGGGGGAAUUCUAUUGCUCCAGUCUACAAAUAUCAUAUGCACAGGUCCUGCUAUCCGAAUGCAAUGUGCUCUCAGGAAAACAUUUGUUAGGUGAGUAUUUGCAUAAUGAGUUGACGAUUUCCAUUGAUUCCUAUGGGGAAUUUUCUAAUGUGUUCCCAACCAUGGAAUUUUGACCAUAAAAUGAUGUGAAAACCCUCUGAAACCUUGCAAAAAGCUAACAAGGACGGGCAAAAUGCUCUCUUAUUCGUCUGAUCCCUCUCCCUCUCAUCAUGGUUUCUGGUGAAACAGCUGCCAUGGACCAGCAAAACACAAAUAAAUAAAGCUUCUUUAAGGCUGUUGAUUUGUUUACACUACUACACGCAGGUCUGUCAGUUUGGAGAUCUGAACCUGCAGUGUGUAUAGCGAGGUUUGGGUACUAAUUCCUUGUGUUUGGAUAAGUGAAUUUAUGUAUAACGAGCGUUUGAAUAGCAGGACCUCUGUGUACUUCUCCCCACCCCACCCCCACCCCUUGUUCUUAGUUCAUUUUUCUGAGGUUUUCAAAGUGCUGCAUUCAACCAGCAUGGCCAGCAGUGAGGGAGUUGUAGUGCAGCAACAUCUAGAGCACCAUCCAUAGCUUAGCAGUACAGCAUGAAUUGGUGCGCUAGAUGUGUGUGCCUGUGUAGAGGUGGUUCUCUCUGUAGUCUUCAAACUACUGUCCUUAGGAACUCUUAGGGUUCCUCUGAAGCACAUGCAUGUUUCCUUGAACAAAAGAUCAAUAGUGGGGAGGGGAGUCCCUGGAAAGCAGAUUUCUCAUGCCUGUUGGUCUUGCUUUGCAGAGCACAGGGAAGUGCUAGGAAUUUCUAGGUCUUUCUCCAAACAGAUUUGACAAUAAGCUCCAGGGCUUGCUGAGAGAUGGAAUACAUGUGCCCCCCCCCCAUAUAGAAGGUCCCAGGAUCUAUCUAUGACAGGCAUGUCAAACCUGCGGCCCUCCAGAUGUUUUGGCCUACAACUCCCAUGAUCCCUAGCUAGCAGGACCAGUGGUCGGGGAAGAUGGGAAUUGUAGUCCAAAACAUCUGGAGGGCCGCAGGUUUGACAUGCCUGAUCUAUGGCAUCUUGAGUUUAAAAUGUCAGUAGUGCACCAGGUAGAGGGUAGGGGUAAAAAAAAUGUCUUACAUUUUACGGACACCAUUCAUACGAACAUAAGAAACUCUCUUCAGACCAUUGUUCCAUCUAGCCCAGUAUGUCUAUUCUGAUGGACAGCAGCUCUCUGGGGGUCUCAUGUAUGGAUCUAUUAAUUUCUGUUCUUUCCUCUUCUAAUUUUUCCAAUCUUGAAUUUAGUUCUUCACUUUCUGCAGCAAUUUCCUAAUUUCAUUUUUUUAAAAAAAAAUCCUCACAAAAAUUCCUUCAGUGUUUUAGUGUGAAUCUCUCCUGAUAAACACAAAUUUGCAUGCAGUUUUAACUAAAAUACACAUUUUUGCAAGCAAUUUCUAAUAAUACAUUUCAUUUUUGUGGUAUUUUUAAAACUUAUAUACAGUGGUGCCUCGCAAGACGAAAUUAAUUCGUUCCGCAGGUCAAUUCAUUUUGCGAAAAAAUCAUCUUGCAAAUCGUGGUUUCCCAUAGGAAUGCAUUGAAUUUUCUUUUUUUUGCCCAUAGGAACGCAUUAAUUAAAUUUCAAUGCAUUCCUAUGGGAAACCGCGAUUCGCAAGACGAAUUUUCCGCAAAACGAAUUCGUCUUGCGAGUCACCAUCAGAUCGCAAGACGCAUUCGUCUUGUGAAAAAUUUGUCUUGCAGGGCAUUCGUUUUGCGAGGUACCACUGUAUUUGGUUUUUUAUGCACACUUUCCCCUAAUACAUGCAUCUCUGUAAACAUCAUUCAUUUGGAGAACUGCAUUGCAAAAUUCACUUAUGUGCAAGUUUAGAGGGAUACCUGCAUAUCAGCUCUCAUAGCAACCUGGUCCUUUUUAAAAAACUGGAGGUGCCCAGGACUGGACCGGAGACCUUUUGCAUGCAAGAUGUGCCCUAUCACCGAGCUAAAGUCUCCCACCAAUAGUGCCCAUGACAACUGCAGCAAGUUGUACACCAGCACUUCCUAUGCUUUUGGUGGUGGGUGGGGCCUAGUUGUGGCAAAGGCUGGAAUUCAAUGUACAGUAGUGCUAAGAAGAUGGUUCCCAUCAGCACAAGCAUUUCUGCUUGCCUGAAGGAAUGAUCUCACAUUUGGGGGUGCAUUGAUCUGGGAGUUCUCACAAACCUCUAGAGCAGAUUCAUGGGAGAUGCAUGGGUGGGAAUGUUCCACUGUGCUUCCAGGAGCCCUUUCAGUAAUGGAAUGGGGUAGUUGAAUCCGUCCCUUAGCAUUGAGUAGUAUGAAAAUUGCAAAAUCAAUUUGACAAGCAACCUUGGAGGGACUCAGAACAAACAUUAUGUUGUAGGCCAUGUGAGUUUUCCCAACACCACCUCUGGGAAACUAUAAGUUGAUUGGUUCAUUGAUUCACAGCCUAUAAGUUGAUUGGUUCAUUUAAGAACCUGCCACGGUCCUUCUGUAUCUUGGUUCUUGUUUGCAGUCGCACUGCACUUCGGCUUAUUGCUCACCUGCUUUUUCAUCUGUGAAAAUUUAGUCCUAAUGGGCUUUUUGCCUUAAGGGGGAUGUGCAAUAGUUUUUAUCAAGUUAGCAGCCUGCUUCUAUGUACACUUAAUAACAAGCAGCAACAAGAAAACCUGCUUUGGCUGUUAAUGGUGUUUGAAAAGUGUCACCAUUGAUGAUGGUAAUCUCUGAAAAUAUGUGCUGAACUUCCUUGUGAUGUUUAUAUGAAUUUGUUUGAAAAUUAUUAUUUUUCCUGAAAAGUCUCUGGGUCACGGCUGUGGCUUCUAUGAAAAUAUAGAAAUCUCUCUGCUGAAACUGGAUGCCGUUAAUCUACUUCAACAAGCAGAAGUUAAUUUUGCAUAGCUGUGGUGUUUCUCUGUCUUUUGUCUCCAUCAGUUUUGCCUUUCUGAACUAUCAGUUGUUUUUGUUACAUCAAUUAAAUGCACAAUUUAGCAGUGGGGUGUAUGUCAGUGAUAACAGGAUUUUGCAAGGUCCUUUAUUUUCAUUGUCAAAUUAUGGAUGAAUUUUGCCUACAGAGGUUAUGAUCAAAGAAGUCUUUGAACAAAGCAAAUGUAUAUAGAUGUCUAUUUUAUAUAAAAACAAUAUAAACGUGUCUGAGUUCCUUCUGCCAGACUGCUUUUCAGUUAGCCUGGUGCAGCUGAAUCUUUCAUUGUGUGCUUUCAUGUGUGUGAUUGAGAGGGCUGCAGUGUAUUUAAAGAAAUCACCAGAUAGAAGCAAACACAAAGGUUCCAAUGAAAAGGAAAUAUCUAAAAGUAGUCUUCUCCUAGUAACUCACAGUGCAGGAAAGCUUUUUCAUGGUCAUUCUAAAGGGCCAGUGGAGCAUAUCUGGUGUAUCUUCCAUCAGAGAGAAUUCAAUUUACAAGGGGCUGCCACUGAAAAAGCCCUGUUUCUUGUACUGCCCAAUGAUCAUGAACAUAUGCAUUAUGGGGAGGAGCACAAAUGUAGCAAUUCCUCACUAUUAAUGUAACAUACCAGCCUUCCCCAACCUGGUCCUUUGGACUACAGUUCCCAUCAUCCCCCACCAUUAGAUAUGCUGCCUGAGGUAGAUGGGAGUUGGGUCAGCUAGUACGUACACCAACUUAAGGGUACAAGAUGCCCUGCACAGAAAAUACCCAGAAAUCCAUAUUUCCAGAAGUUGCAGGGCUUCAGCAAAAAUGUCAUUCUAUAAUGAAAAAGUUAGGGCUUUGCAUUUCAUGGUUUGGGGCAACACUUAUGGGAAAAAACAGAGAAAAUGACCCCAUGCGAAUGCAAGUAAUUAUUUAAAUAAUAGUGGGGCAUGGCAGUGAUUGAAAGGACCUUACCUUAGCCUCCCCAAACUGAGAACUUGAGAACUAUUGAAAACCUCAUAUUUCUUACAGAACCGAACCCUAUUGCUCCUGGACGUCUGCCAGUUUUCUGCACAUGCAGCCCAUUUUACACUAAUUUUCCACGUCUCCAUGAACACAUUUGUAUGGGGGAAGUUAAAUAUGAACCAAUCUGAGUGUGGCGGAUCUUUAGCUCAUCAGCAGGACCAGAGAAGGGGUAAACCGGCUGCAAUCAUCCUGGGAACCCAUUUGGUUGCUCUAAACCAUGGUUUGGCCAAGAUUGCAUAGUGGUCAUCAGUGGCUUCCAUUUGGAAAGGGCAAAACACCCACUUUGGGGAGCCAGCCAAGUGUAUCACCCUUGUUAACUUGGUGACUUUCAACUAGCCAACAAAACUUAAUUUUCUCCAUCCAUGUCCUGGAGUUUCUUGGAAAGAAGGGUUGAUUGUUAACCCACUCUGGGAACGGUAGCUCUGUGAGGGGAAUAGGGGUGACAACUCUCAGCACCCUUAGCAGACUACAUUUCCCAGGAUUCUUUGGGGAGGAAGUCAUGUAUAUAGUGAUAAGAAUGAUACUGCUUUAAACAUAGAGUACAGAUUGGGCCUUUGGCUCAAGUCACUAUCCAUCAGUCUGAGCUACCUAACAGAGUGGUUUGGAGGAUAAGACACGGGGUGGGGUGGAAGAAUAAUCUAUGUUUUAUUGAGCUCCUUGGAGAAAAGAAGAUACAAAUAAAACUGCACCUAUUGAAAUCUCUUCACAUUCACCAUAGAAUUCCCUCGCAUCUGAUAACAUUUUUGAUGGUGACACUGUUGUGACCCACUAGUGGUUCCUGACUAGGGAUGAGACAGGCCAUUCAGUUAAGUUCGGCUUUUAAUGUGAACCUACCUAAUUCACUUUCCUAAAAGAUCUUCAAACUGGAACACAGGUAUCCUUCAAACCUCACACUUCCCAGAAUUUUGUGGCACAGUUUUCCAACCACAUUAUUUUAAAAAGUGCAUACAUUACAGGAAAGUGUGCAUAUAAGUGUAUAUAUCAGUGAAAAACUCAUCUGAAAUACAUUAUAUUGGUGGAAAUAGCUUGCAGAAAUGUAUGUGUUGGUGCAAAAUUGCAUUAAAAUGAGUAUAUUAGGAGAAAUAUGCAUUAAAAUGCUGACAAAUUUUCAUUUGCAAACAUGCGGAAGUGUGGAGAACUGAAGACUGGGAAAAUGAGAAACUGAAAGUUGACAGAUCUAUCCGUUGAAGACGAGUACCUUACACCUUAUUGUUUUUAUUCAUUGGGGUUCUAAUAAAUAAUGAUCUCUCUCAUUCUGUCUUCCGCCUUCAAGAGCAAAUACACCUCCAAAUACUUCUAUUAAUAUUUAUUAAUUGGCUAUGAAUAUUUAUUCUUAACUUCUUAUACUCAUUUGUAGUCCCAAGGCACACAGCCCUGCAAGGAAAUCUACUCAAUUGUAAAAAUAAAACUUUUUUUUGUUUAAAGCAUUAGCAAUGCAGGUCACUAAGCAAUUGAGCUAGAAUUAGAUUACUUUUGCCGCCUUGUGGUUUUUCGGAAGGGGGGGAACAGUCAGGUCGAUAGGAUUGUGCUUUGAAUAAGUAAAGAGACACUAGGUCAACUGUGCCUCCCAGAUUUCAGAUUUGCCGCUAAUUGGAAUAUGUACAUGUCCAAUCUUGCCUUGUUGGCAAAGCAUCCUUAGCAAAUAAGUGGGGACACUUCAUUGUGCCUUGGUUUGGACAGUUCUUAUAACUUGAAAUUAUCUGGAUGAGACCUGAGAUACUGCAAAUGCAAAGCACAAGUUGGGGGAGGCACACAAAGAGAUGGACAAAUCCAUCAACUUCAGCUCCCUUUCCAUUUUCCUUUCUUUUUCAGUCUUAAAUUCAGUUAUUCCACAUCCUCAUGAAAAUUUGCCAUCAUUUUGGUGUGAAUUUCUCCUAACACACAUUUUUGUAUGCUGUUUUGACUAAUGUACGCAAUUUGUGAGCACUUUCCCCACUAUAGUUCACCCUGAAUGUUAUUUUUACUAACAUACGCGCCUUUUGUUUUGGUUCAAGCAUUUGUUCAAAAAGUGCUAAUUAGAUAGUUUCCCAUUAAAAUGCAAACAAAAUUGGAUUUCUUCCCGAACCCUAGACACAACUUGUGACUUGGAUGUGACCCUACUGACCCAAUGACUAACACUCCUCUCCCUUGGAGCACACAUUUUGCUAUAGCAAUCUACUCUGUCUACAAGCAGCAUUUGAAAAAGGGAGUAAGAACAUAAGGUGAGCCUGCUAGAUGGGGCCAUUGGCCCAUCUAAUCCAGCAUCCUGUUCUCACAGUGGCCAACUGAGAUGCCUGUAAGAAUCUUGCUGCAUUACCAUCGCUUUACACACACAAGUUGGAGUUGUAAUUUGUGACUUUGGGAAAGAAUGCUGAAGAAAGAAUAAACCUGUUCCCAGGCAUAGCAUGCAAAUUCUCACUUGUCCACUUACUGUUUCAUUGCUUUCUGGCCUAAUGAGCAUUAAAAAGGUGCAUGUAUCUUAGCUUCUAUGUGAUGGUUCUGUUGCUAAGCAGCUGUCUUUACUUUUUAAAAUACUGCCAAAAGUUCUCCUGAACAGAUUUGGAAAUGAACUGAGGACACGUAACACCCACCUCAAGAUGAAAGGUGACUUUUAUGAGCUGAAUUCUUCUUUGGCUCAGAGAAGCAUUCCGACCCAUCUCUUGCUCAGGAACAGUUGGCAAGGAGGGGCACCUCUGUGGACCUGGCGUUCCAGCAGUGGCAUUGCUGCCACUUACCAUGAAGGAGGAGGAGGUGGUAGUGGUAGGGACACUAGGGCUAUAAGGGGACACUGGUGGACUAAGCUCCUGCACCUAAGCAGCCCUGACCUCCCUGCCGCCGCAUCUCUCCCCACUGGCCAGUCCUGCUGCUGACACUUCCCACCACUGAAAGUUGUCACAACUUUCUGCACCCUUUUCCCUUUGCCAGUUGAGUGGGAGCAGCAACAAAGGUGACAACCAGCUACAGGAGGAGUUUCCCUCCUCUCUCCUCCCUGUCAUGUUGGCUGACCAUGCGCUAGGUUGUGAGGAACAUGAGACAUGCAUUUCUUCCAUAUGCGAGGGGGCAAUUAAAGCCCAUGAAGUGACCUCCAACCCUUUCUGCAAAACACCGCAUUUAUUUAUUGUCCUGUCUGGAAACCCAAAUGAGGAGAACAAGUCAUUUCCCUGCUUUCUCCUCCGUUCAGGGACCAGCCACCUUCCAACUUAAAGAAAGGCCCGUUAACGAGAGAAAAUCUUCAUUCCACGGAAAAUAGUCUGAAACCGGGAACGCCCCAGGGCAAGUUCACAGAAUUCCAAACCCCCAUCCGCACCGUUGUCUUCUCAAAACUCCAAAACCUAAGCCUUUGUCAGUUUGGUCCCCAGCCUUGCCUCAAGAUAAUGGGGAAUCCGCUUUAAGGAAGACUUCAGAGCUGACUCGGAUGAGCUGCAACCUGUUAUGGAGACAGCCCUAGAGUAGUUCCGCCUCCAGAAUGCCAGACUGGAGCCUGUCCAUUGGACUUGGUUUCUUUGAUACCCAAGAGACUGCAUGCCUUCAUGCCUUCAUCUCUGAAGUCUGUCCUUGAGCUUUGGCGACUGCUUAGUCGUCUUCUGCCUGCUGGCAUGAGUCAGUGUCUUUAGCGGUUGUGAAGAUGUGGGCUGCAGCUGUUUUUGCUUCUGCAGCGGCUUUCUUCUCCUGGUCAGCAGAUCCCGCAUUGCUUGCAUCAGCUGCUGCACUUUCCUAUCCUGCACUCGGAAGAAGAGUUCCGCCAAACUGGCAGUAGGUUGAAGGUACUCUUGGGGCUCCUCCUGUUGUGUGACAACAUCGGGGCUCAUUGCGGUCGGCAGCAGAGGGGAGGUCCCGACCACAUCCUCAGGCUUAGCUUUCUGCUGCUCUGUGGAAGUCGAGGUGAUGACAGUGGGCUUGCUUGAGCUGGACUGGGGAAUCUCUUGCUGGGCAACAGAGGGGGUUGAGACAAGUGGUUGGGGAGAAGCCGUGGUUGCGGAGGAUGUGGUAGCCACGGGUGUUUCGGUGAUUGCGGAGGAUGUGGUAGCCAUGGGCGUUUCGGUGGUGGUGGUCUCUUUGGGCAGGAUGGAAGAUUCGGAGACACAGAUGCACAGAGCUUUGGCAGAGGUAGUUGUGGAUUCGACAGUGGUGGCAGUAGUGGGGUUUGUGGCAGAACUUUCUGCAGCGGUGGCGAUUGUGCUGAUUGGAGGCUCAGAAGAGGGCUCUGCAGUUGUGGCAACACUAGUAUUGCCGGGAGCAACAGUGGUUAUAUUACUUUCUGUGGCGGAAGGGCUCGUGGGAAAGGAUGCCGCAGUCGUGGCUUCAGAUCCUGUGGUGGCAAGAUCAGGAGAGGAUUCUGUGAAGGUAGAGAGUUCAGAGGUGAUGUCCAGUGUAGGGGGAGACUCAGUAGCAUUUGAGGCAGAGUGAGUAGUAAUGGAGGUAGGGGUAG